UCAUGAACGGGGAGGAUUUCAGGAGUAAAUUAAGGGAAUUUCAUUUAAGAAGUAAAGAAUAAAGUACACAGGAUUCAAGAGUUAUUUUAGAGGAUGAAAAAAAGAUGAAUAAUGCCUGUUGUGUAAAAUUAUAUUUAGAGGAUCAUACAAUAGGUAUAUAAUUAUUAUUAAUGUCUUUUUAAGGUAAUUUAACUAGAAUGAACCUAUUAAAGUAAAAGGAAGUGACAUUUUCUGGAUAUAGACAGAUUCAUCCACUUUAACAUACUAUAGAGAUUAAGGUUCAAACUAAUGGAUCUAUCAAACCAUAUGAUGCUAUAUAAAAAACACUUUCAGAUUUGAUUGAUGAAUUCAAAAAUUUAGAAGAAGAAUGGGCAAAAAAGGUUGCUGAAAAAGAGAAACAUUAAAUGAAAUUAGAAAUAUGAAUAAUAUUAUAAAUAAUAUACAUGUAAUAAUAGAAUGUAAUUUAAGAUGGACAAUCUGUUGACGAAAACAUUUUAAAACUCUAUCAAUUAUUAGAAUUUAAAGGAAAAGGUGCUUAUGGAGUUAUUUGGAAAGCAAUGGAUCGAUAGACUAAGAAAAUUGUUGCUUUGAAAAAGGUUAUUAAAAAUAGGUAUCAUGAAGGUUUUUGAUGCUUUUUCAAAUGAUACUGACGCAUAGAGAACAUAUCGAGAAGUUAUUUAUCUAUAAUAAUUGACGUAGCAUGAGAACAUAGUUAAAUUGCUACACAUUCACAGAGCAAUUAAUAUGAAAGACCUAUAUAUGACAUUUGAAUAUGUAGAAUCAGAUCUUCAUAAAGUAUAAAUAAGACUUAUGUUAGGUCAUAAGAGCAAAUUUACUUGAAGGAUAACAUGUAAUAUACAUCCUUUACUAAAUAUUGAAAUGUCUCAAAUAUAUUCAUUCAGGAGGUUUAAUUCAUAGAGAUUUGAAGCCAUCAAAUAUAUUAAUAGAUUCUGAAUGUAAAAUUAAAUUGGCUGAUUUUGGAUUGGCAAGAUUGGCAACUGAUAUAGAUGAAUUUACAGUAAUGACAGAUUAUGUUGCUACAAGGUGGUAUCGUUCUCCAGAGAUACUUUUAGGAUCUCCUAUUUAUAAUAAUUCUGUUGAUAUGUGGAGUGUAGGUUGUAUAUUAGGAGAAAUGGUUCUAUGUAAAUCUAUCUUUACUGGUUAAUCAACCUUAAAUCAAUUAGAAAAAAUUGUAGAGGUUCUUGGUAAGCCAUCAUAAGAGGAUUUAAUACAGAUAAAUGCUCCAAUAGCUGAUAAAAUAUUUAGAGAAAUAUAGAUGCCUAGAAGAAAGUCAUUAUUUACUUAUAUCAAAUCUUCAGAUACAAUAAUUGAUUUUAUUAGUAAAUGUUUAACUUGGAAUCCAAAUAAAAGAAUGACAGUUGAUUAAGCACUUUAACAUCCAUUAUUAAAUGAUUUUAGAGGUACUGAAAAAGAGAAUAAUUAUCCAUCUAAAAUUACAAUUGAGUUAUCUGAGAAUAUUAAAUUAGAUAAAAAGAAAUAUAGAGAAAUCUUAUAUAAAAUGGAUGUAAAUUAUUAAAAAUAGCAAUAUAUUAAAUAAUUAAGUAAUGAAGAAUAAAUUCCAUCAUCUAUUAAAAAUAAAAAACUAUCUAAUUAGAUUUAAUAAACUUAUCAAAAAUAUUUAAAUAAUGGAAUUGACACUAAAUUUUAAAGAGUCUCGAAAUCUUCAUCUAAAUAAAAUCAAUUACAUUAAAAUUAUUAAUCUUAAAUGGAUAUUUAAAGUUAAAUUCUUUUAACAUAAUCUAUUUAAUAAUAAAAUCAAUAAAUUAUGAAAUAAAAAAUGUUAUAAAAUAGAAUUAAGACACUACCUGAAAAUUAUGUUGAUGUAUUGAUUCCAACUGAACCAAAAAGUCCAAAUAGAGAACGUUAUUUCUCUUAAAAUAAAAUAACAGCUCAACCUUAAAUUCCUCAAUCAUCCACUCCCAUCAGAAGUAAAUCAAUGAAAAAUAGAUUAUAUAAUGAAUCUGCUGAUAAUUGUGUUUAAAUAAAAGAAAAUGAAUCUAAGAAAAAGUUACUUACUGCAUAUUUAAAUCAAAAACCCAAAAGACCUAUUCUCUAUAAUUUUAAAAAGACAAUCAUUCGUAAUAAACUCAACAUGGAUCAAUACCUCAUUAAAAAACAUCAUGGCCAAUUAAAUAAUAUGGAUACUUCAAGUAUGGUCUCAAUAGCUAAAUGA